AUGUGGAUGUGUUACGUUACCGAAAUUGAAGUUACGGAUUUAAAAAGUGGUGUUCAAAACUUACACCAACUUUUUUCAAAUCUGGAGUUUGAUGCUUCUCAUGAAGCCGUUUAUGGUGCAGUGCGUCCAUCAUCUUAUUCUCCAGAAUUUUGUACAGAAUUAGCUAAAAAAUAUGAAAAAGGUGCUGAAAUUUGUGACUUGUAUCUUAAAAACCAAAUAUGUUUAUAUGGAUUUGUAUCGUUACUAAAAGCUGUAAAGUUGGAUGGUUAUUUAAUUCGAAUAAAAGACUAUCUUCCAUCUGUUUUAUACGAAAAAGAAGAAAAUAGCGAAGAUGAUACUUCCAAUAAUGAAGUUAUUGAUACAGACAUUGAUGGUAUGGUUGAAGAUGGUUCAAAUGUUAACAUCAACAAAUUUAGUAGUAUUUCUGCAUCAACGUAUAUUCGUCUCCCAACACCUUUAGCAAGAAAACACGCUAUUUUAAAUAUAGAAAACAAGGAUAAUAAGUGUUUUGCGUGGAGUGUGAUGGCAGCUGUUUUUCCUGCCACUGGUAACCCAACUAAACCAGAAUCGUAUCCACCAUACGAUACUUUAUUGAAUUUUGAAGGUAUUGACUUUCCGAUGAAACUAAAAGACAUUAAAAAGUUUGAAACUCUUAAUAAUAUUUCAGUCAAUGUUUAUGGGCUAGAAUCUAAUUUCGUAACUAAUAAACGGCAAUAUGAAAUAGUUGGGCCACUACAUGUCGAGACUUGUAAGAAGUCAAAAAACAAAAAACCAUCAAAAGGAUACUUAUGUGAUGGAUGUCUACAAUUCUUUGUUAGCGAAGAAAAGCUAAAUAAUCACCAAAAGAGCGACUGUUCACAUAUUUACACAAAACUUCCCACAACACAACCUAAAAUUAAUAAGCUUGGUGAAAUAGGACCAGAAAAUAUACUGAAAUUUAUCAACCUUCAAAAAAUGUUACCAGUGCCAUUUGUGAUCUAUGCGGACUUUGAAAGUUUGCUAAAGCCCAUAGACUGUACCGAACCUUUUAGUGGAAAUUCAUAUUUCGUUAAAAUAGCUGAACACCAAGCAUAUUCAUUUGCAUUUUAUCUUAAAUGCAGCUAUGACGAUUCACUCUCAAAACUAAUAAAAUAUGAAGGAAAGGAUGCCCCCAAAGUGUUUAUCCAGAAAUUGGAUGAUUUAGUACAUGAACUAUACAACAAUCACCUUAAACAUAUUAAACCAAUGUCACCGUUAACAAAAGAAGAAAUUGAAAAACAUGAAAGCGCUACCGAAUGUUAUUUGUGUGGGAAGCCCUUUAAUCCUUUUAAUCAUAAGGUAAGAGAUCAUCAUCAUUUAACUUCAAAAUAUCUUGGACCCGCUCAUAAUUCAUGUAAUAUAAAUUACAAACUCUCAAAUACAGUACCUGUGUUUUUUCACAAUAUGAGUAAUUAUGAUUGUCAUCUUUUUGUUAAAGAGCUUUCAACAACUGGUGAACAAGUGUCAGUAAUUGCACAGACCAAAGAAAAAUAUAUCACAAUUUCUAAAAAAAUACUCGUAGAAGAGUCGAAAAAGGGUCCACAUAAAUACAUAACUCUGAGAUUUGUUGAUUCAUUUAGAUUUUUGACAAAAUCUCUGGAUAUUCUGAGCACAACUUUAGACUCGGAGCAGUGUAGAGAAAUUAGAAAGUAUUUCCCAGAUACUAAACACUUUGAACUUGUGAGACACAAGGGUGUGUUUCCUUAUUCAUAUAUGGAUGGAUUUGACAGACUUAAAGAAAAAACACCACCACCUAAAGAAAAUUUCUACAAUAAUCUAACUAACAAACACAUUUCUGAUGAAGAUUAUGCAAGAGCAAUUGAUGUGUGGAAUACAUUUGAUUGUAAAUCUAUGAGUGACUAUGCUAUGUUGUAUCUAAUAUCAGAUGUCUUAUUAUUGGCUGAUGUGUUUGAAAAUUUUAGAAAAGUAUGUCACAAAGAAUACAAUUUGGAUCCUUGUCACUACAUAACUGCUCCUGCAUUAAGUUGGGAUGCUAUGUUAAGAUACACCAAAAUUGAACUAGAGCUUCUUACCGAUGUCGACAUGGUACACUUUUUAAAGAAAGGAGUAAGAGGAGGAGUGGCACAAUGUAGCAAAAGAGAAGCCGUGGCAAAUAAUCGAUAUCUACCCAACUAUGAUCCACAACAACCCGAGUCUUACAUCAUGUAUCUCGAUGCUACAAAUUUAUAUGGUGCGGCCAUGUGUCAAUAUCUUCCAUAUGGAAAUUUUAAAUGGGUAACCGAUGCUGAAAAUUUUAACUGUUUUUCGGUGGAGGAUGAUGCGGAUAAAGGGUAUGUGUUGGAAGUGGAUUUGGAAUAUCCAGCUCAUUUACAUUCUGCACAUAAUGAUAUGCCAUUCUGCCCCGAAAGCAUGGUACCACCAGGAAGCAAAUAUCCUAAACUUAUACCAAAUCUCAACAAUAAAACUAAAUACAUUAUCCAUUAUCGCAAUCUUAAACAGUGUCUUAAGUAUGGUCUGGUACUAAAAAUGAUUCAUCGUAUACUAGAGUUUUCGCAAUCACCAUGGCUAAAAAAAUAUAUUGACCUAAACACAUCACUUAGGAACAAAGCCAAAAACGAGUUUGAGCGGGAUCUCUUUAAAUUGCUGAAUAAUGCGAUAUUCGGAAAAACUUUAGAGAAUGUUGAAAAAAGAAAGGAUAUCCGCCUUUGUACUCGCUGGGAAACCAAAACAAAUUCGUUGGGAGCCAGGGCACUUAUCUCGAAACCAGAAUUCAAGUCUUGUUCUGUGUUUAAUGAAAAUUUGGUUGCGGUUCAUUUGGGUAAAACCAAAAUAGUUUACGAUAAGCCUCUCUAUGUUGGAUUUACAAUUUUAGAUUUAUCAAAAACAGUGAUAUAUGAUUUUUAUUAUGGAUAUAUCAAAAAGAAGUAUGGGGAAGCUGCAAACUUGUUAUACACAGACACAGACUCCCUGAUUAUGGAAAUAUAUACCUCUAAUUUCUAUGAGGACAUGAAAAGAAAUAUAGAACAUUUCGACACCUCCAACUAUCCAACUGAUAAUAUUCACGGGAUACCCAAAACACCUUCAAUACUAGGAAAAAUGAAAGAUGAAUUUUCAUCUACACCCAUUAAACGUUUUUAUGGUACAGGUGCUAAAGCUUAUUGCAUAGAAGCAAAUAAAAUAAUACAAAAAGCAAAAGGCAUUUCAAAACAUGUAACCAAAACACAGUUGCAAAUGAGUGAUUAUGAUCUUUGUGAUAAUAUCAAAAUGGUGCUAGAAAAUGAAAACCAAGAAAUGGUUGAAGCAGACGUAAAUUUUUUGGAUCCCAUAGCGCCAUAUGAAGCUGAAGAUAGUGACAAUGUCUCUACUGAUGGAAGUUUUAUUUUUUCGGUAUCUACCGAGAAUUUAUCAGACAUGGAAGACAGUGAAGUUUUAGAUACUGAUUCCGCGGAGGUAGAAAACAAAAUAUUCAAAAUGGACAAUGUAAACAACGUGCGAUUUCUGUCAUAUGAAAGCAGAUACUCAGUUUGCAUAAGUCAGCACUAUUAUGUGAUAGACAAUACCACUCUUUGUCCUUCUUGUUUUUUUGAGACUGUGAGCGGAGUGCCAUCAUACGUCCCCACUACUCAUAUUACAGAACAUUCAAGUGGAAAGGUCAGUGAUUUGAGUGCACAUAUUUGUAUGUGCUGUAAUAAAAACUUGUAUAUUUACUGUUUAUCCACAUAUUGUAUUGUUUGCAAUAAUAUAAAUCUACAACAAUAA